AUGGACCUGAUUCGCUUCGAGCGGAACUGCAGCAGCAACAGCAGCAGCAGCAGCAGCAGCAGCAGCAGCAGCAGCAGCAGCAGCGGUGAAGGGUUUGAGUUCAGGCGGCGCAGCCCGGCGUUGGAUUUGCUGCUGGCUAGCAGCAGAGUUGCUGAGGAGCAGCAGCAAGAGGAGCAGCUGCAGCGGGAGCUGCUGCAGCAGCAGCAGCAGCAGCUGCUGCAGCAGCUGCAGCAGCAAAUGCCAGCAGCUUUCUUUGAUUCUUCUUUUGACGUCUCUCAGUUUCUCUCUCUAGACCCUCAGGAGCUGCCUAUACACCUCGAACGACUAUCGGACUGGCUGGACAAGGUGACUCAGCAGCAGCAGCAGCAGGAGCAGCAGCAGCAGCAGCAGGGGGCAGCAGCAGCAGCAGCAGCAGAAGCAGCAGCAGGGGGAAUGAUAGGUGUAGAAGCAGCAGAAGUAGCUUCAGCAGCAGCGGGGCCGUCACAAGAAACCAGGAGGAGCUGCAGCGCAUUCGAUCCCGGGGUGUUGAUUUGGGUCUGA